GGAUGUGGAAUGCUGAUGUGUGAUACCGGCUUCCGGCCUUCCAGUCAUCCAUCCACAGGGGAGAGAAGGUUUCCAUCAUGCCGUACUACCGAGCCUGGGAGGAGUUCACCCGGGCCGCCGAGAAGCUCUACCAGGCCGAUCCCAUGAAGGUUCGAGUGGUGCUAAAGUACAGACACUGCGAUGGCAGCUUGCGUAUAAAAGUCACAGAUGACGUUGUGUGUUUGCUGUACAGCACAGACCAGGCUCAAGACGUAAAGAAGAUCGAGAAAUUCCACAGUCAGCUGAUGCGGCUCAUGGUUGCCAGGGAAUCCCGCAGUGCCGCCAUGGAAACAGACUGAGUGUCCGGAUAGGACAAUCCUGACCGUACAGAUAUUAUUUUUUUUUUUUUCUUUUAUGUCCAUCAAGACAGAGAAAUGACUUUAAUAGAAAAAGGAGCCG